AAUGAGACCACAAUCUCCUAAGAUUUUACAAACACAAACUAUUGCUACUACUCGUUUUAUUAGUUCUCCUCCUAGAGAUACACGCUAAGAUUCAUGUAGUAGAUUGGCCAAAAUCACAACUUGUUAAACUAGACCAAAAGCUACUAUUACAACUACAACAUAUAGACCAGCUAUUGAAACAAGAACUGUUGUACUUUGUACUGAUAAGAAAUGUUAAGGACAUGUAAAUUAAAUUAAAAUAAAUUAAGGAAAAUCUCAUAGAACAAUUAACAUAAGAUAAUAAUAAAUUAAAUUAACGUAUAUAUGAGUUAGAACAUUAAAUUGAUAAGUAUGAUAGUGAAUAAUAAACUUGGAUGAGUACAGCAAUUGAAAUAGAGAGUAUGAGAAAAUUGCUAGAAGAAACUUAAAAGAAUCAUUAAUAAGAAGUCUAACAUCUAAAUACUGAAAUUUAUAAUCUUAAAUCUAAAUGUCAAAAUUAAGAAGAUAAAAUUAAAAUAAUAACAUAAUAGCAUCAAAAUUUAGAUGCCAAUCAUACAAAAUUAUAAUAGGAUAUGGAAAGAUAAUAAUUUAUAAUUCAAGAUAAAGAUGAAUAAUUAUCAACCUAAGAAUAUAGAAUAUAAGAUUAUGAAAAGUAGCUGUAAGUUGGAGAAAAUGUAAUUGAAGAGAGAAAUUCUCAAAUUUCUAUUUUAUUAGAUAAAAUUAAAUAAUAUGAAUAAGAAUAUAUUACAUCAAAUAAUGUUAUUCAUUAAUUGAAAUAAGAAAUAUCAUAAAAAGAUAUACAAAAUUAACAAUUAUUAUAAUAAAAAGAUUCAUUAAUCUCUAAUUAUAAAGAAAAUCUUGAUCUUUUGGAAUAAAAGGUAUAAUAGGAUCAAAAUCUUGAUGCUCAAAAUAUAUAAAAAUUAGCUGAAUUUGAAAAUCAAAAUUAAGAUUUAAAUAACAAAGUUUUAGAUUUACAAUAACAAUUAUAAGAUCUAUUAGAAUAGAAUAAUCAUUUGAAUGAAUUAGUAUUGUUAAAUGAUUAAAAAAAUGCUAAUCUCAUAAAUUCAAUAGAGAAUCAGACAAAACAAUUAGAAUUCUAAUUAUAAAGUUAAGCAGAUGAACAUAAAUAACAAAAUAAUGAACAAUUACAUCAUUUAUAAUAAGAAUUAUAUAAUACCAUAUAGAAAGUUGAAGAUAAGGAUAAUUUAAUAAAUUCUUUAAAUGAUUAAGUUGUUAAUCUUACUACUAAAAUCAAUGAUAAAGAGAAUAAAAUAGAACUGUUGUAAUAUGAAAUAACAUAACAAUUUGCUUAAAUUGCUGAGUAUAAUAAUAAAGAAUUAUAUAAUUACUUGAUUAUUAAUGAAGAAUUAAAAAAGGAAAUAUAGUUAAGGUUUGCUAAAGAAAAAUCAAUCUAAAAUGAUUUUAAUAAAGAAAUAGAAAAUAAUAAUUAACUAUUAGAAACUAUAAAAUAAUUGAAUGAUAAAAUUGAAGAAUUAGAUCAAUCAAAAUAGAAUUUAGCUAAUGAUCUGUAAGGAUAGAAAUAAUAAUUUGAUGAUUAAAAUUUAGAAACUCAAAAGUUAUCUGAAUAAGUGUAGAUAUAAUAAAAAUAGAUUUCAGAUAUUUUAUAAGAAAAAGAAAGUGUAGAAGACAGUGUAAUCUAAUUAAAAGAAGAAAUUAAUUAAUUAUAGGAAUGUUUAUAAUAAUCAAAAAGAACAGAAGAAUAAAUUGUAAAUGGUAAUUAAGAAUUGUAAGAGUAAUUAUUAUUGCAAAGUUUAGAAGUAUAAAGACUUCAAGGUGAAAAUAAAAAUUUAAAAGAUAAAUUGGAUUAAUAAUUUGAAGAAGUUAAAAAAUUGAAUGAAUAAUCAACAUAAGUCAUUGAAAAUAAAUAAUAAUUAUAAGAAGUUUAGGAUAAAUAAAUAGAAUAAUUUAAGGUUAUAAUUUAAGAUUUAAAUAUUUAAUGUUAAACAUUAGAAUCAGAUGUAAAAUAAUAUGCAGAAUUAAAUGAAGAAUUAAAUAAGAAAAACUAAUUUUGUUAAGUUUAGAUAUCACACUUAUAAGAGGUGGAAUCACAAUUAAGAUAUCUAAAUGAAUAGACUAAUCAACAAUAAAAAAAUUUAUAAUAAGAAUUAGAUAAUAAAAAUGAAAUUGAAAAUACUCUUAAAUUUAAACUUGAAACUUUAUUAGAAGAUAUUAAAGUUAAAUAAAUGUAAUUAGUAGAAUUAGAUAAAUAAUUAUAAAUGGUUGAAUAAACAAAUUAAAGAUAAUAAUUGAAUUUAGAGGAGAAAAUUAAUUAUCUUUAAAAUGAAGUGGAAAUGUGGAAAGAGAAAUUUGUUAUUUUAAAUAGAGAUUAUCAUAGAGUUUAAGAAGAUUUGAUGAUGGUUUAAGCUGAAUUCGAAGCAUUUAAUAAGAGAGGAUUAGAGAUUAAGAAUAUUAAAGUAAUAUCAUUAAAUAAAUAUAUAAUAGGAAUCAACUUAUUUUGAAGUUAGAAAAUCAUCAUUGUAUAAAGAAAAUAUUGACAUUAAAGCAAGUUAAACUUCUAUAGGCAGACUUUUCAAAGAAAACAUUUGAAA